AUGGCCGUCACUAGCGGGAGGGGGCAGAUCGUGUUCGGAGACGAGGAGGGCUCGAUCACCCUCUGCGAUCGCAAGUGCAACUUGAGCAAGUUCCAAGCCUUCGAGAAGUCAGUGACGCAGUUGCACCAGCUGCAGCAGCAGAACGUGCUGGUGAGCAUAGGAGAGGACCUGCUCUCCUCCUCCGUGCUCAAGGUCUGGAACAUGGACAAGAUGGACAGGAGCACCGACGGUUUCCUCAACGUCCUCUGCAAGGACGUCUUCGAAGGGCUCCCCCUCCCUCGCUCCCCCGUCACUUGCCUGACCUCGUCGGAGGAUCUCUCCCUCAUCCUCGUCGGCCUCCACUCAGGCUCUGUCAUCCUCAUCCAAGGAGACGCGCAGCACAAGAAGGCGGCGAGUCGCAUCCUCACGAGCACCCACCAGACGCCUGUCGUGUCCAUGGGGCUCUUCUAUGUGAGCGGGGGGCGAAGUUCCUUGCUGGUAGCCACGACCUCGCACAUCCUGUGCUUCCAGAACCUGCAGCAGGGGAGGAUGGAGGUGCUUGACGAGCAAGGCUGCAUGUCUGGCGCCGCCACCUACACCGAUGACCAUGAGAUGGUGGUUGGUCGGCAGGAAGCGGUGUACUACUUCAGCAAGGAAGGGAGGGGAGGGAGCUACGCGUUCGAGGGAGAGAAGAAGAUGAUCGCGCACAUGAAGGGCUACCUGCUGAUCAUCACAGAGGACAGAGCGAUGAACAACACCGCGACAAUCUACGACAUGAAGAACAAGCUUAUCUCCUUCUCUUCCAGCGUUGGAGUGAUCAGGCACGUGCUGACGGAGUGGGGAAACUUCAUCCUUGUGUGCGAGGACGGCAAACUCCUCCAGCUGACGGAGAAAGACACCCAGCAGAAGCUGGACAUGCUCUUCAAGCGGAACCUAUACCAGAUCGCUGUGAACCUGGCGCAAAGUCAGCAGCUAGACGAAGGCUACAUCAUCGACAUCCAGCGCAAGUUCGGCGAUCACUUGUACAGCAAGGGCGAUCACGAUGGGGCCAUGGCACAGUACCUCCUGACCGUGGGGAAGUUGGAGCCUUCCUACGUGAUCAGAAAGUUCCUUGAUGGGCAGAAGAUUCACAACCUCACCUCGUACUUGCAAACUCUGCAUCACAAGCGGCUAGCUAACUCGGACCACACGGCGCUCCUUCUCAACUGCUACACGAAACUCAAGGACGUGGCCAAGUUGGACGAGUUCGUCAAGUGGGAUGGAGUUCCGUUCGAGGCCAUCACGGCGAUCAGAACUCUGUGCAACAGCGGGUACUACGAACACGCGCUGUUUCUUGCGAAGAAGCACAGACAGCACGACAUGUGCGUCAAAAUCCUUGUACAGGAUCAGAAGCAAGCAGAGGAGGCGCUGGUGUACAUGAGGAGCCUGACUUCUACCGACUGUCUAGAGUGCAUGAAGCGAUAUGGCGGUCAGCUAAUGAAGGUUCUUCCGACGCAGACUACCGACUUACUCAAGAUGAUGUGUACCGAGUACAAGCUCGAGAAUCCUCAAGAAGUUUCAAACUCAGCUCCUCCCGAGCAGCAGGCGCCCGCAAACUCUUCUGGUACCAACCCAGCAAGAGCUGAACUGAAGCUUAAGAGAGAUCCGAUCGGAAACAGCCUGCCGCGCUCGUCUUCGGAACCGAACUUAACGAAGGGAGGAGCAGGAGCAGGAGCAGGAGCAGGAGCAGGAGCAGGGGCAGGGAACGAGCGGAUCGAUCCGAUCAAUCCGAUGGACUUCAUCCAUCUGUUCGGGGACAGUCACGAGGACGAGCUGAUAGAUUUCUUUGAGUUCGUGGUGUCUUCCUCCAAGGCUGAACACCCUGGGGUGCUGGAGUUCCUGCUCGAGCUCUACCUGUCCAGGCAGCGAGGCGCCGUCGUGUCUCCCAGCAAGAGGGAGGCCAGCCACUCCAGCUCCCACUCACCAGAGCAGCUGAAGGAGAAGGCGCUGGCGCUGCUGAGGAGAACCAAGGUGGGUCUGGACACCGAAGCAGCCCUCCUGACCUGCCAGCUGAGAAAUUUUCAUGAAGGGGUUGUCAUGCUGCUGGAGAAGCAGGGUCUCUUCAAAGAUGUUCUCGAGCACUUCAUGUCCAUCAAGUCCGUCGAUGGGGUCAUGGAGACCUGCAGGUCCCUGAGCUCAUGGAAGCAUGGCGACAAGGACCCCCAGCUGUGGGUGUCUUGCCUGCACUGGCUGGCGGCUUGCGACACGCUGUACACCAAGGAAGUUCAGGAGACGCUGACCCACAUCGAGGAGCGAGAGCUGCUCCCUCCCCUGGUGGUGAUCCAGAUCCUGGCGCAGAACAACAGCGCGACGCUGGAGCUCGUGAAGGGGUACAUGACGAGGUACCUGCAGCGGGAGAUGGGUCAAAUCCAAGAAGACAAGACGGCGAUCCAGGCUCCAGAUGCUCUCCAGCUGCUCUAG